AUGGGUAGUGUCUUACGAGGUUCUGUAACAAACAGAAAGACUCACUGGUACUGCCCUAAAAAUGUUGCUGAAACUGACAUAUGGGUAAAGAAACAAUAUUGUAUUCCUCCACUUGGAAACUGUCUUAGUGACUGGCUCACUAUGAGAUACGAUAAUACAACAAAAUCAGCGAUAAACCAAGAAGGAGUUAAUCUUGAUAUUGUUGAUUUUGGAGGCGUUGAUGGUAUCAGCUACUUGGAUGAAUUCUUUAACAUUACAAACUUUAUUCCUUAUUUCAAUAAGUAUAUUAAGUAUCUGGAAACAAAAGGAUAUACAGUCGGAAAAGAUUUAUUCGGCGCACCAUUCGAUUGGAGACGAGGCCUUAUGCUAGGUGAUGAUCAUUACAAAAGAAUGAAAGAUCUCGUUGAAAAAGCCUAUACAUUGAAUUCAAAUCAAAAAGUUGCUUUAGUUGGACAUUCACUUGGUGGAUAUUUCAUCCACUACUUCUUGUCUAAUGUUACAAUACCAGAAUGGCGCCAAAAAUAUAUUGAAUCUGCCAUUUUGGUCGCACCUUCAUUUGGUGGCUGCGGUACAGUUGUUGAAAAUCUUUGGAAUGGAGCACUUUAUAUCAUGAGACAUUUCGGAAUCUCAGAAUCUGCAAUGGGAUCUCUUGCUUCCUCCCUCGGAGCUCUUUACGUUCAUCUUCCAAACCACAAAGUGUUCGGCCAACUUCACGUCUUCCAUGAUGAAACAGGAAAAGGCUACACUGCUGCCGAAUUACCAGAACUCUUAGCCAAAAACGGUAAAUUCAGAAAUACUCCUGAAAUCUUUGAACUCCAUAAGAAGUUUUCCGCUCAGACCAUUAAUCCACUUGAUGUUCCAACAGUCAUUGUAUACAAUGAUAAGAUGAAAACAGUCAUCGGAUACAACGCUCAAACAAAAGAGUACAUGUAUUCUCUCGGUGAUACAUUGAUCAAUGCGGAAGGAUACCACUAUGCAUGCAAUAACUGGAAAUCAUCAAAGAAGCUCAAAUGCAUUAAUUUGGAUUCAACUUCUGAACUUGCCUCUCACAUCUUCAUGGUUAUGAAGGAGGAGUACGUAGAUUUAGUACUCAAACACGUUUUAGAUACUGAAUGGGAGAAAUAA